AUGUCAGGCUCUGGGCGAAAAGACUUCGAUGUGAAGCACAUCCUGCGACUCCGCUGGAAACUCUUCAGCCACCCGUCGCCAGCCCCCGGCGGCCCGGCGGGGGGCGGCUGCCUGCAACAGGACGGCAGCGGCAGCUUCGAGCACUGGGGCCCCAGUCAGAGCCGCCUGCUCAAAAGCCAAGAGAAGGGCAGCGCGAGCACUUUCUGGAAGAAGCCUUCCUCUUCUUCCUCCUCUCCUUCGUCUUCCUCCCCUUCGUCUUCCUCCUCUUCCUUUAGUCCACUGAAUGGCACCCUGCUGCCAGUGGCCACAAGGUUGCAGCAAGGGGCACCCGGGCAGGGCACCCAACAGCCAGCCAGGACUCUCUUCUACGUGGAGUCUCUAGAGGAGGAGGAGGUGCCAGGCAUGGACUUUCCUGGAGCACACGAUAAAGGGCUGGUCCUGCAAGAGCUCAAAGUGGAGCCGGCCAGCUCGAGCCAGGCAACAGGUGAAGGAUGUGGACACAGGCUGUCAGCAACUAGCCAUCCACUGACACCUCAAAGUGAUAUGGACUCCAGUAGCUCUGAAGAAUUCUAUCAGGCCGUUCACCAUGCUGAGCAAACCUUCAGAAAAAUGGAAAGUUACUUGAAGCAACAGCAACUCUGUGAUGUUAUCCUCAUUGUUGGGAAUCGAAAGAUACCUGCACACAGGCUUGUUCUGAGCUCAGUCUCCGACUAUUUUGCUGCCAUGUUUACAAGUGAUGUUUGUGAAGCCAAGCAAGAGGAGAUCAAGAUGGAAGGCAUAGACCCCAAUGCCCUCUGGGACCUUGUCCAAUUUGCAUAUACAGGUUGCCUGGAAUUAAAGGAAGACACCAUUGAGAACCUCCUUGCUGCAGCGUGCCUUCUUCAGCUUCCUCAAGUCGUAGAAGUGUGCUGCCACUUCCUCAUGAAGCUGCUGCACCCGUCCAACUGUUUGGGGAUCCGAGCCUUCGCAGAUGCUCAAGGAUGCAUCGAGCUAAUGAAGGUAGCCCACAGUUACACAAUGGAAAACAUCAUGGAAGUUAUGAGAAAUCAAGAGUUUUUACUGCUUCCAGCUGAGGAGCUCCACAAACUGCUGGCCAGCGAUGAUGUCAAUGUCCCUGAUGAGGAAACCAUCUUCCAUGCACUAAUGAUGUGGGUCAAGUAUGAUACACAGAGGAGAUGCAAUGACUUGAGUAUGCUUCUUGCCUUUAUAAGACUGCCACUGCUUCCCCCACAGAUAUUGGCUGACUUAGAAAACCAUGCAUUAUUUAAGAAUGAUCUGGAAUGUCAAAAACUGAUUCUGGAAGCAAUGAAAUACCAUCUAUUGCCAGAAAGAAGAACUUUAAUGCAAAGUCCAAGAACUAAACCUAGAAAAUCUACAGUUGGAACUCUGUAUGCUGUAGGAGGAAUGGAUAACAACAAAGGAGCUACAACCAUAGAAAAAUAUGACCUCAGAACAAAUUUGUGGAUCCAGGCAGGGAUGAUGAACGGCAGGAGAUUGCAGUUUGGUGUGGCUGUUAUUGAUGACAAACUCUUUGUAAUUGGAGGUCGAGAUGGCUUAAAGACAUUGAACACUGUUGAAUGUUACAAUCCUAAAACCAAGACUUGGACUGUCUUACCACCAAUGUCAACACAUAGACAUGGUCUAGGUGUGACGGUUCUUGAAGGUCCUAUAUACGCUGUGGGAGGCCAUGACGGCUGGAGCUACCUGAACACAGUGGAGAGGUGGGACCCGCAGAGUCAGCAGUGGACAUUUGUAGCCAGUAUGUCCAUUGCCCGAAGCACAGUUGGUGUAGCGGCUUUGAAUGGCAAGUUAUAUUCAGUUGGAGGUCGUGAUGGCAGUUCCUGCUUGAGUUCGAUGGAAUAUUAUGAUCCUCACACAAAUAAGUGGAACAUGUGUGCUCCAAUGUGUAAGAGAAGAGGAGGUGUUGGAGUGGCCACAUGCGAUGGUUUUCUCUAUGCAGUAGGAGGUCAUGAUGCGCCUGCUUCAAAUCACUGUUCCAGGUUACUAGAUUAUGUAGAAAGAUAUGAUCCAAAAACAGACACAUGGACCAUGGUGGCUCCUCUGAGUAUGCCCAGAGAUGCUGUUGGAGUCUGUCUCCUUGGUGACAGGUUAUAUGCUGUUGGUGGCUAUGAUGGGCAGACAUACCUCAAUACAAUGGAAUCCUAUGAUCCACAAACAAACGAGUGGACACAGAUGGCUUCUUUGAAUAUCGGGAGAGCGGGUGCCUGUGUGGUAGUCAUCAAGCAACCUUGACUGAUUUUUAUUUGGAGAGAUUUAAUUUGCUGGAGUGGUUAUUUUUAUAACAGAGAGCAAGAAAGAGAAUUUCCUGGGAUGAAAAUUCAACAACAAGGAUUUCUGUAGAUUUACCUACUGAUGUCAAAAGAGGUAGAAUAUCAAAGAGAAUUAUAAGAAUCAACAAUAACAACAACAACAACAGCAGCAAACACAUCAAACUGCUAUGGGAACAAUGUCUGGCCAUGUAUUAGUUAGUUCUGGAAUGGUUAUUGGUAAUUUGUUUUGUAUUAUUGUAUACAAUAACUAAAGUUACCAAAGGUUUUUCUUGAGCAAUUAAGAGGAGAGACCAAUAUUUGUGACAGAUAAUUUCACGACUACAGUGCUUUCAAUUGUUUUAUUAGUUUGUGGCAAUAUCAAAGAGGUCAAAGACAGGAUAUUUUGUCUGACAGAAGCUGAUUGGUUUACUAUUUUCCUAAUCAGACAUGGUCAUUCCAGGAGGAAGAAUAAUAUUUUACUAAAACAAACACCCUUCUUCCUCAUUUUCUCAACUAUGAGGACAAUUAGAGAAACAGAUUCAUGCCUGUCUCUUGCAUUAAGAAAACAAACUGUUCUGCUAAUCAAAGCUGUGUAUAUCAUCAGAGUGGAUGGUUGAAUUUUAUUGCAACCAUAUUAGCAAUCCAAAGCUGGCAAACACAAAGGGUUGUUUUCAUUAGGCUUAUCACAUUCACAUUGCUUUGCUUUUUGAACACACUGAGCCAAAGAAUCAGUACAAUUAUGGGCUUUUGCCUUACGUUGAGUUCAGUGUAAGCAUGGAAGCUAAUUAUUCUGAAUGUUAUAUAUAUCAUUGCAUGUUAAAGUCUUUUAGAAUUUUGUUGAUAAGAGAAACAAAAACAACUUAGAAUUUUGAGAGAGAAAUCUAUGAUCCAUUCAUUUGGAGUAUUAAUGAUCAUUGUUAGAAGGAGGGCAGCCUUCAGAUUCUCAUUCCCUACUUUUCAAACUUGUUACAUUGAAAUGCACAUUAUUUUAUGCCCAAUGUUUGUAAUUGUUUAAAGCAUAAAGUGGAAACAUUACACAGUGUCCUUAAUAGAUUCAUGUAAAUUUUAAAUAUAAUUAAUAAAUGAUAGAAAAUUUGCUUUUA